CAUGGUUAUAAUAAUAAUGUAGCCCGUCCUAGUACACUACGUGCGCACUGACACUGAAAGCAAUUGUCAUCACAUAACGGUAGUUGAUAUUGUCUGACUGAACCUUGCGGACGAACUGCCAAAGCGAAAGUUAUUGCGUUUGAGGAGUCCUACAGACAGAUGAACCAGGCGAGGAGAGGAGAGGAGAGCUCAGCACGCAGGCUGUCAUCGAGAGCAGCUCUGCUGGGUACCAGCUCCACCGUUCACCAGAGGACACAUUACCCCACUGCUGACAUGGAGAAGCGUUGCUCAGAGUGCCCAGAGCCCAGGCUAGCCCAGAGCUUGUGUACAUUCUGCAACAAGUGGCUGUGCUACCAGUGCACAGACAUGCACCAGCACCAGAGAGCCACCCCUCAGUGCUCAGACCUGCACCAACACCAGAAGCCCACUACCCAAUGUGUCGACCUGCACCAGAGGGACCAGAUGGCCCCCAGCUCCCUGCCUCCACCCGAACCAGGCCCUGGCUCGUGUGGCCGCCCCAUCCUCAUGUGCCACUCUCACAGACAAGAGCCCUUGGAGCUCUUCUGCGAGUCCUGUGACCUCAUGUGCUGCAGCAGCUGUCACCUGUCCGCCCACAAGAACCACAGGCUGGUGCACAUAGGAAAGGCCCUGCAGGACCAACAGUGGCAGUUUGAGAGCCUGAUGGCUCAGGUGGAGGAGAGGAGGUCUGCAGUGGAGAGCACAGCCAAACAGAUAGAGGACAGGCUGCACGGUGUAAAGAUCACGCAGAGGAAGACUGAGAACCAGAUUAAAAUGGCAAAGAUGAUUAUGAUGAAUGAGCUGAACAAACGGGCCAACCUAUUAAUAGAGCAACUGGAGAAGAUUUCGGAGGACUUCCAGCGGCGUCUGGAGGACCAGCUGCAGGAGAUAGAGAUGUGCAGCCAGCUGGACCACGUGCAGAACUUCAUCAGCUGGGCAACGGCCCACCACCUCAAGAACCCACUUCUCUUCAGCAGGGAGCUGAUUUCUCUCCAGAUGCAGCGCCUGCUUGAACCCCCACUACACUCAGACGCCUGGCUCCCUGUGAAGAUCAAGUUCAACUGGGAUGCCAGCUACUGGACUAAGCAGAUCUCAACUUUGGGUCAGCUCACUGCAGAGGGGGGGAAUCGCUCCUACUCUGAGGGCGUGGCCUUCCCCAGCAUCCUGAGGCCCCAGCCUAUCACCUGCUUGUCUCUGCCAUCUGUGUGCCAUGGAGGGCGGGACCAGGGCUGUGCCUUCCAGGCCUGCUGUCAGUCCCAGAUGUGCUGCCUCCACUGCAUACCCCCACAGCCAGCUGUGCAGCUGGACAAGACCCAGCGGGAACCCAACCCCUACUCCGCCAGGUGUGUCCAGUCCACCCUCAGCUCUCCCUCCCUGGCCCUGCACCAGAGUCAGCUGCUGAGGUGCUGGGGCCCUGACAGUCCUCCAGGUCCACCAGCUGUGGUGCCCUCCUCCAUGCAGCGUCCCCAACAGCCAGCGCAUCUCCCGGCUGCUGACCCAGGCUUGCUCAGCUCCAGCUCCAACAGUGGAGGUCUUGGACUCCAGCCCCCAGCCACAGCCCUCUACCAGCCUCAGAUUCAGCCGCUUCCCGACACUCAUGCACAGCCAGCCACAGAUGGGGCCUGGGAAGGCCAGGGCCAGCAGGCCAGCAGAGAGCGAGAGCAGACUCCUAGGCAGCCAGCUGUGAACAGAGAGGUGUUGACAGAGCAGAUCCAGGAGGGGAGCAGGGAGAAGACACAUGUACAGACAGGGGUGGACAGAGAGGUGCUGACAGAUGGAAUCCAGCAGGAGCAGCAGCAGCAGCAGAAGCAGCAACAGCAACAGCAACAGCAGCAGCAGCAGCUCCUGUCUCCCCCAGUGACAGUGGAGCAGCAGGAGGAAGAGCAGCAGGAGGCCAGGACUACACAGCCAUCCAGAGACUGCAGAGAUGGCAGGAGAUCUACUUCACUGGAGAUGUCUGUGACGACCCAUGGGUUCAGUGUUGAUGCUCAGAGCAGCAGGCCCAGCUUACUGUGUGGGAGGAAGAGUCGAUCCCAGAGCAUCCCACCAGAACUGGCAGGCCCCUCCAGCAGCCCUUCCACAGACAGGCCCCCGGGGGCCACCCACAGCUUAGCAACAGCAACAGCAGCCGUGGAACGGGGACGCAUGGCAGACCAGCAGGGUUUUAUGGAUCUCAGGCGGAGGAGGCUGUCUUCUGAUGGAGUGAUCCGAUCUGUGGCCUCCCUGGAGAGAUCCUUAGCCACUCCUCCCUCCAGAGACCAGCCCAACCUACGCCUGUCACCUUUGACCAUUUACAAGACAGAGCCUGAAUAUGUCUAUGCAUAUAAUGAGACUGGGCAUGACGUCAAAGGAAAAUGCAGAAUACCAAGAAAGACUCCAGACAACAGUGACAGAGAGGUUCAGAAGGAACCUGGGAGUUCCAGUUCCAAGGUUCCAGUGGUGUGUUUGGAAAGGCUGAAGAUCCUGGUGUCUCGGAUCCCACCACAGGGGCGGCGACAGAGUGACCCUCUGCCAGACACUGCAACAGAAAGGACCGGACUUGUUCCACAGAGGGGAAGGAAGGACAAUAUGACUGAGGGAAUAUCAAAAGAAGCCAAGGUCGCAACGGUCAGCCCGUCUCUGGAUAAACAAUACUCAGAGAGACACAUUAUCAAUCAAUCUCUCCCACCUCCGGUAAUCAAUGAUUGGCCUGAGCAUGGAAGACACAGUCCUCACAAAGAGCUCACACUGCAAGUACCCGCCACUGAUCUUGUAUCACCUCCACCUUUCUCUGCACCUGACCUUGACUCUGACUCAGAUCCCAGGUCAAUCUCAGAAAUAGUUUCUGACCCGGAACUGGACUCGGACCCACAACCAGAAUCGGAUCCCCAGCAAGAGUCUGACCCACAACCAGAAUCUGACCCACAAGCUGAGUCUGCAUCGGAGGCUGGUCUGGAAUCAGUUGCUGAUGAGGAAUCUCCUGAUGAGGCUGCUACAGAAUCUGAACCUAGUGUGGAAUCAGAACCUAGUGUGGAAUCAGAACCUAGUGUGGAAUCAGAACCUAGUGUGGAAUCAGAACCUAGAGUGGAAUCAGAAGGUAGUGAAGAAUCAGAGAAUGGUUUCGAAUCAGAGAAUGGUGAAGACCUGGAUGCUGAUGCGGAAUCAGAGGCUGAUAUGGAAUCAGACCUCCAACCUGACCCUGGUUCAGACCCCCGUUUUCCAUCUGAAACACGUCCGGGAUUAGAUUCAGACCUGGAAUCAGACUGUGCACAACCCCCUGAAUCACAAGGGUCUGCAGAAUCUGGACCAGAUCUUGAAUCGGAGCCAGACUCAGCCACUGACCCAGCCUCUAUCACUCCUGACCCAGCCUCUCUAAGUCCUGAACCAGGAGUGGAGUCCCCUCCAGCCCAGAGGUCCCUACAUGCAGACCCUGGUCCACAGAUGCAUUGUGAAGGAGUUGAGCUGGCCCUGCCUGGGGCAGAGACCAUGGAGAUGGAGAGUGAAGAUUUCUGUGCCGUGUGUCUGAUCGGAGGAGACCUUCUAUGCUGUGACCGCUGUCCCAAAGUCUUCCACCUGUCCUGCCAUGUGCCUGCUCUCCUCAGCUUCCCCACGGGUGACUGGGUGUGUACCUUCUGCAGAGAUAUCCUGCAGCCAGAGGUGGAGUAUGACUGUGAGAACCAGAGGCUGGCUGCAGAAUGUUCAGGAAAGCCACUACCUCAUGGUCUCUCUGCUUGUGACCAGAGAAAAUGUGAGAGGUUGACUCUGUUGAUCUGCAGCAACAUGCUAAGUGCUCCCUUCCAUGAGCCGGUCAGUCCACUGGCUCGCCACUACUACCAGAUAAUCAAAAGGCCCAUGGAUCUGUCUGUGAUCAGGGCCAAACUCAGCAAGAGGAGCACUCACCACUACUAUUCACCUGAGGAGUUUGUGGCUGAUGUCUCCCUCAUGUUCAGGAACUGUGCAAAGUUCAAUUAUCCGGACUCAGAGGUGGCCCAGGCAGGUCGCAGCCUGGAGAUGUUUUUCAGCUCCAGACUCAGGGAAGUGUUCCCAGACAGGGCCUUCCCUGCAGCCGAGGAUGACUCCGACAGCGAUGAGUAUGACGAGGUGUACAGAGCAGCUGAGGGAGGCUUCCCCUGGCCAGAGAAGAGAGAGCAGUGCCACAGGAAGAGGAAGAGGAGGCACUCUCUCAGCUGGAGGAAGCAUAACUUCUAGUUGUAGGCAGUGGAGCAGAGCAUAUCACUGGCUAUUUUGAAGGACAGUAUGACAUGAUAUUGCACUGGACGUUUCCAUCCAAGAGAGGAAGCUCAGUUUUUAUGAAGGGAUUGUAUGUACAUAUUUACAUUUUGAGAAUUGUACUUCUUCAUUAUAAAGGUUAUCUGCUCUUAAUUUGGCCUGAUAUUUGUGUCAAAUAUUAUUGUAUAAGUAUAAUCUGACUUACAUCUUUAUACUUAUUAUGCCUUUAUAAACUGCGUUUCUGGUAUUUGUUUUUUGUUUCAGAUAUAUUUGGAGAUUCUACCUAUAUUUGUAGAUUCUCCAUCAUAUAUACAGCCAAACCUACAAGGUCAGUUGAUAAAUGGUAAACAUAUUUAUAAAUGUUUAAACUCUACAAUAUCUUGUUUUAUAUAUCAAUAUUGAAUGUUUUUAGUGGCUAAAUGAUUGCAGGCAAUUAGUAAAUACAGACUAUUAAUGUUAAUAUUUCUGUCUUGAUAUAUAUAUAUAUAUAUAUAUAUAUAUAUAUAUAUAUGUAUUAUGUGUCUCUCUGUCCUAUAUGCACUUGAAGUACAGUAUAGAAUGUUAUGUAUGGCCUAUGUACGGUAAUGAUUUGAGUGACUGACAGAGGGCGCCCUAGCAGCAAUGACUGAGAACAAAGGAAAAGGUUAAGUUCAUAUUGAACCAAGGGGGUAUUCAAAGAAGAUUAAGAUAAAUAUAAAAAUGAACAUACCUUUAGUUGAAAUUGCCACAAUAGUAUUGCAAGGCACGUCUGCUUUAGAUUGGCAUUUGUUCAAUCCUAAUGAAAUCCUACUUCAUUAGUAUAAGGCCAGUAUUAAUAAUGAUUAUUUCUCAGGCUUAAUGGGAGUGGAAGGUAUUUGAUCCAGUGUGAAUAAGUAGAAAGAGCUGGAGAAGUUAAGAGAGACUUAAGAGUAAUGUUAUGUUAUUUCAACUUUCUGUAGUUUCUAUGUAGAAUGUACAUGUUAGUUUUUCAUUUAUGUAAAAUGGCUGCUGCAAUACGGUAGAGCUGGCUGUAUUUUUUUAAAGGUUGCUGCAAAUUAAUAGCUGAAAUUAACUGUCGGAUCAAGCUAAGUUUGCUAUUUGAAUAAACAAACGGACUUAAAACAAUUGUAGGUAUUUUUUCUCUGUAGUAUUUCAUUUGGACUUUUCAAUAUGGAAUAUCUCUGCUUCCAUCUCUAAUAUUGAAUCCUAAAAGCUACAAAGACCCUCUCAGAGUUGACUGGUAUCAAGAAAUGUCCAUUUAAUAAAUAACAGUUGAAGAGAAAAGUGCCCUAUUUGAAACGGUCCUUGCUAUUCUUCUACGUUUCCUUUUGAUUCCUCAUUUCUAUCCUGUCUGAAGUGAUUUUAUGGGGUUAUGGAAAUAAUAAAUGUAUAUCUUUAACCAACAACGGCA